ACAUUUGUUUCUAUAAUAAAGUUAUUAAAUUUUGUGUAUUUAUACAGCAUUAAGUAGCUUUUAUUUUGGAGUUGAAGCGAGAUAAGUUUAGUUAUUCAAAUUAUUAAUUAUUAAUUCUGAAAAUAUUUAAAAAUUUAAGUUUUCAAAUUUCGCGCCUUUACUACUUAUGCUAUAGCUGCAGAACUUAUUGUUACGGCGGACGAUAAUGUCGAGUACAUUCUAGAAUGUGUAAAAGAAAAUACUCUCGAACUUUUCCGAAUAGGCUAGAGCCUAGCUCUCUGAAUAUAUAAGGGCCCGGUAUCACCCGCCAGAGUUAGUUCGAUUUGAAAAGCGAUUGCGAAAGGAACUGAAAGAAGUUAUCUGUGAGCAUUUAUUUUGAAGUAUCACGUGUCAGUAUUUUUAAUAGUGUGUUUAAUUAAUUCUCGAUUUUGAAGCCGAGAAGAAAAAAGUCGUCUGUGAGCCUUUAUUGUGAAAUAUCAAAUAAUACAAUGCCUAGACGUAAAAAAGGAGGAGAUCUUGCCAGUUCUGCAGCGAAACGGCGGAAACAAAAAGAACAUAGAAGAAAUGAAACGGAAGAAGAGCGCGAAGCACGUUUACAAAAUCAACGAACUAGGAUGAGAACUCUGAGAAGCACAAAAAAUGAAGAAAGAAAAGAGAACGAAAGUAUAGAAGAAUCGAGAAUUUUAAAAGAUAAUUUAACAAAGGAAGCAUUCCACUACGAACCGACGAAAAAAUAUUACAAUCAUAAACAUGUUGUGAUCGGAAAAAUGGAUAACAUUUGCCAAUUUUGCCACGCGAAAAAAUUCAGUAAAGAAAUGUUGUUUAUAAGCAAAUAGUGUAAAAAAUGAGCGAAUGUUUUCAAUAAAUUUUUUUACUAUUA